AUGGCGGCGUCCCCAGAACACGUUGAAACCGCAUCCACAGCAGCAGAAAUGGACAAAACAGAAGCCCCAGGAACCUCCAGAGACUGGGAAACCUCAGACUCAGACUCAGACUCAGAGCCAGGUCAGGACCCGGACCCUGAUCCUGAUGAGGACGAGGACGGAGGCGAGCCUCCCGCGCCGAAGAUCCGAGACACCCCGGAGGACAUCCGACUGGAGGCGAUCGCCAACACGGUGGCGCUGCACCCGAGCCGAGACCUCCUGGUCUGCGGGGACGUGGACGGGGACGUGUACGCCUUCUCUUACUCGUGCACGGAGGGGGAGAACCGGGAGCUGUGGUCGUCCGGACACCACCUGAAGUCCUGCCGCCAGGUGCGCUUCUCCGCGGACGGACUGAAUCUCUACAGCGUGUCCCGGGACAAGGCCAUCCACAUGCUGGACGUGGAGAGGGGGCAGCUGGUCACCAGGAUACGCGGGGCGCACGGGGCUCCUAUCAACAGUCUGCUGCUGGUGGACGAAAACAUCCUGGCGACGGGAGACGACGGAGGCACCUUGAAGGUGUGGGAUAUGAGGAAAGGGACGGCGAUUAUGGACCUGAAACACCAUGAGGAUUACAUCGGUGGCAUCGCUGUGGACCAGGCCAAGAGGAUCCUUCUCACUGCCAGCGGUGAUGGUACCAUGGGCGUGUUCAACAUCAAGAAGCGGCGCUUCGAGCUGCUUUCGGAAUACCAGAGUGGUGAUCUGACCUCAGUGACGCUGAUGAAGCGGGGGAGGAAGGUGGUUUGCGGGUCCAGCGAGGGGACCAUCUACAUCUUCAACUGGAAUGGCUUCGGGGCCACCAGCGACCGCUUCGCUGUCAAGGCUGAGUCGGUGGACUGCAUUGUCCCCAUCACCGACAACAUCAUGUGCACCGCCUCCAUGGACGGGUACAUUCGAGCCAUCAACCUCCUUCCCAACCGGGUUAUCGGCUGCAUCGGGCAGCACGUCGGCGAACCCAUUGAAGAGCUUGCCAAGUCCCGUGACUCCCGUUUCCUGGCCAGCUGCGCCCACGACCAACUCAUCAAGUUCUGGGACAUUUCCAGUUUACCCAACACAACUGUCAACGAAUACCGCAAGAGGAAGAAGAAAGACGGACGAAUGAAAUCUCUCACCAAGAAAGCCCUUGGAGACAAUGACUUCUUCGCAGGACUUGUAGAGGAAACAGAGAAGAAGGAAGAAGAAGAGGAGGAAGAGGAGGAGGAUGAUAGUGAUAGCGACAGUGGGAGCGAUUAAAAAGCUUUUUCACUUAGUUUCAUGAUUGUCGAUACCGUGCCUUUGGACAGUUUAGUCCUAAAUAAGUUAAUACAAGGGUCUGCUGUUUGGCCAAGGCUGUCAUCCGAAGUGCCUCACAAUGUCUGGAGUAUGAACAUUAUCAUGGAUGGCAUUGUGGCAAACAUCAGUAGGUACUGAACUUCCAAUCCCGGCAGUGUUGGGGCCACAUUUUAGACAGGACUUUGACCUUGGAACAAACCACCAUUGGUGACUUUCUGUUUGCAGAUGGAAAUGUGAUUUUACAAACACAAAUGUGGUGGGAUAAACAGCGAAUGUCCCAGAAGGGUAAACGCUCUUUACUUCAAAAAUGUUCAUGCAUAAGGACUGUUGAUGAACCAAAUAUUAUAACAAAUGAUCAGACACUAAAACACUUGGAAAUAAUAACUAUGUAAUGUUAAGGCUGGGUUUCAAAACCUGUGCUUUCUUGGUACACACUGAAUUGUUUUUGUAAAACCUAGCGUUGAAAAUUGUCAAGUUCCAAAAGCUGCCCUAGAAAGCCUGGUCAGAUUCAUUAUCUUAUUUACUUAUUAUUUUAACAGACAUUUACUGUUAUAAAUCAGCAUUUGGCAAAAAGGUUGAUUUAUGCUAAGGCUGUUUUCAGCUGCUUGUGUUUAAACAACAUUUGAGAAUAUUGGAUUCUUUAAAAAAUGGGUUUUUUUG